CCCCUUCAAGAAGACAUUUUUUUCUUUCUUCAUACUCUUGUGAGUUUCCAUCACAAAGGAACCAACAAUGGCAACACUAAAAACUCUCCUAUUACUGCUCCUCCCACUCCUCGUCCUUGCGACUACCGUCUCCAUUGUUGCCACAGCCAACGACACAACCAAAACCGUCACAACAUCCACAACAGUCGACAUUGACGGCGAUGAGGACUUGAGCUUCUUAGAUGAGCCCAAGGCACCCAAAGACUACCCUGAUUACGCAGACCCGAACUACCGCCCACAAGGCGAUGAUAUCGACUACAAAAGUUUCGAGGAUUUCCAACAAUGGGACGAGAGUAAGGCACCUCCUGCUCCCGUUAUCAAAGAGAAGGACGUGGUGGUGUUGAACAAGACUAAUUUUGAUGAGUUUAUCAGCAACACUAAGAAUAUUAUGGUUCAGUUUUAUGCUCCUUGGUGUGGGUAUUGCAAGAAGCUGGUGCCUGAGUACGCGGCUGCUGCUACCGAGCUUAAGGAGGGUGGAUUCGACGUUGUGCUAGCCAAGGUUGAUGCCAUACAAGAGACUGAGUUGGCUGAUAAAUAUAAGGUUGAUGGCUUUCCUGCUCUUUUCUUCUUCACUGAUGGCGCGAUCAAAUCGUACGAGGGUGACAGAACUAGGGAUGCGAUCGUUUCUUGGUUAAAGAAGAAAACAGGUCAUGCAGUUUACAAUGUGACAAGUACUGAGGAGGCAGAAGAUAUCUUCCUUGCUGAAACAAAACUUGUGGUGGCAUAUGUUGAUAGCCUAACGGGUUCUGACAGUGAGGUGCUUGAUGCUGCAGCCAAACAAGAGGAUGAUGUCAACUUCUAUCAGACCACUAGCUCGGAUGUAGCUAAAGUUUUCCAAAUUGACACCGAUGCAAAACGCCCUGCAGUAGUUUUGUUGAAGAAGGAGAUUGAGAAGCUAUCUAAGUUUGAUGGUGAUUUCUCAAAAUCAGCUAUUGUAGACUUUGUAUCCAGCAAUAAACACCCUUUGGUGAUCACUUUUACCAUGGAAAGUGCUUCAUUCGUUUUCGAGGGUCCAAUCCAGAAUCAGCUUUUCCUUUUUUCCCCAGCUCAACAAUCAGAAAAGCUCAUCCCUACCCUCGUGGAAGCAGCCAAAGCUUUCAAGGGAAAGAUAAUAUUUUCGUACGUGCAAAUGGAAAACAAGGACUAUGGAAAGCCAAUGAUCGAUUUCUUUGGGGUCGAUGGUGAUGCUCCUAGAGUGCUUGCAUACACUGGACACGCUGAUCGUAGGAAGUUUUUCAUGGAGGGUGAUAUCACCUCAGACAAUAUUAAGUAUGUGCAGUCGUUUGCUGAGGACUUUCUAGCAGACAAGCUUAAGCCAUUCUAUAAAUCUGAUCUUAUUCCUGAAACAAAUGAGGGUGAUGUGAAAAUUGUUGUGGGCAAAAACUUUGAAGAAAUUGUUUUGGAUGAAUCAAAGGACGUUCUUCUUGAGAUAUAUGCUCCUUGGUGUUCUCAUUGUCAAGCUCUAGAGCCAAGCUAUAAUAGGCUUGCCAAACAUUUGAGAGGCGUUGAAUCCUUAGUAGUAGCAAAGAUGGAUGGCACCAAAAAUGAGCACCCAAAAGCUUUGGUGCAAGGAUUCCCUACUAUUCUUUUCUACCCCGCUGGAAACGAGAGUUCUGACCCAAUCAUAUUUGACUCGGAUUCAGUAACCGGUGUGGCACUCUACAAGUUCAUCAAAAAGCAUGCUACUACUCCUUUCAAGAUUGAAAAACCAAUUGAUCCUCCAUCAUUGACAUCAGAAGGUGGUGAGCCUGUAACUAUUGAGACUGAAGCUGCCAAUGAUAGCCCUAAUGUAAAGGAUGAAUUAUAAGUGUCGUUUUAAGUAUAGUUUUCGUUUUCUAGCGAAAUCAUAUACAGUUUUGAUUUGUUUGUGACACAUUAUUGUUGUAGAAGAAGAUAAAAUGCAAUGGGAUGUUUGUUUCAUUAGUUUUGUGUAAUAAAGACAAUGUGCUUUGUGUA